AAUUUCGGCGACCCCGUACAUUAUUUACGGCGCGAGUACGUUUAUGUCACAGUGACAGUUGUUUUUUAUAGGUGUAAACGGUUGUUUCGUAUUCGAAGGAGGUUUUAUUUUUUAUUCAUCAUGGCGAGUAUGAAUGCAAGGCUCGCGUUCGCCAUAAUGUCAGCAUCGCUGUCCGCAUUUCAGCAUGGAUACAACACGGGAGUCAUGAACGCGCCAGAAUUUGUUAUGUCGCAAUGGCUCCAGAAGGAAGCAUUAACUGGAACCAAUUUAUCACUAGCCGCAAAGGAUGACCCGGUUGUGACCAACAUCUGGUCCCUGACUGUGUCCAUUUAUUGUGUGGGAGGAAUGAUCGGUGGAGUUAUUACUGGAUUGGUUGCUGAUAGGUUAGGAAGAAAAGGUGGUCUAUUGUGGAACAACCUCCUGGUCUUCGUGGCUGCGAUGCUGGAGGCUCUAUCAAAAACGGCACAGUCAUCAGAAAUGCUAAUAGUUGGCAGAUUUGUUAUCGGUAUUAACAAUGGUUUAAAUGCAGGGCUUACACCAAUGUAUUUGGCUGAAAUAUCGCCGGUGGCUUUGCGAGGCUCGAUCGGAACAGUAUAUCAGCUAGUAAUUACCAUAACAAUUCUUCUAUCACAAAUACUUGGGCUAGAAGUAGUAUUGGGAACGGCUAACGGGUGGCCAUGGCUACUCGCUGUGAUAGUGUUGCCAGCAAUUGUACAAUGUUGUACUUUACCGUUAUGUCCUGAAACACCCAAGUUUCUACUAUUAAAUAAGGGCGCGGAAUUAAAGGCACAAAGAGCCCUUAAUUGGCUCCGAGGCGAUGUAGCUGUUCACGGAGAAAUGGAGGAGAUGCAUCAGGAAGCAGAAAAGAACAAAAUAAGCAAGAAAGUCACGCUUCGUGAACUCUUCGGAAAUCAGCAACUUCGACAGCCAUUACUCAUCGCCAUGGUGGUGAUGGUUGCUCAGCAGUUCUCGGGAAUCAACGCGGUCAUGUUCUUCUCGACGAAUAUCUUUACGAACGCUGGCUUGAAUGAGGGGCAGAGUCAGUACGCUACAUUAGGAAUGGGCGCAAUGAAUGUGGUAAUGACUGUGAUAAGUCUCCUACUAGUGGAAAAGGCGGGAAGGAAGACCCUACUUCUCAUUGGAUUUACCGGAAUGUUCGCAACUACCAUUGCGUUAUGUAUUGCUAUUAAAUAUACGACAAUAUCCUGGGUACCAUAUUUAUGCAUCGCCUUGGUAAUUCUUUUCGUAACGAUGUUCGCUGUUGGACCCGGAUCGAUACCCUGGUUCCUUGUAACAGAACUGUUCAACCAAGGCGCGCGACCGGCAGCUUCUUCAGUGGCCGUCACGGUUAACUGGACUGCUAACUUCAUAGUAGCACAAAGUUUUCUGCCACUUAAGUCAAUAAUAGACACGAACGUCUUCCUCAUAUUCGCUGCUCUUCAGUUCAUAUUUAUAUUAUUCAUAUCAUUCAAAAUCCCGGAAACGAAAAACAAAACUAUCGAAGAGAUCACAGCUAUGUUCAGACAACAGUUGUAAUUUAUUUACGAAGACUUCAGAUAAAUUAUUAUUCAACUUAUCUAUAUUGCGACCAGGCUAAAGUCUUUCGACCAAGUCUUGUGUAACGUCUUCCUGCUGUUAAAUUAAUUCCUCAAUCUUGUAGGAUAUAAAUAAUAUUAGCAAAGCUAAUGCAAUGAACAAACAUCACAAUCUACCAUUUUUACACUCAACACGCGAUUAAAUCGCUAGAUCUGAAUAUAGAAAAUAAUGUUCAUAGAAAGAACUAAUUUACGUUGUAAUUGUCAUGGGUUGAGCUUUAGGGUUACUACCCACCCAUAAUUGGUUUACGAAUUUUGGGUUUGUGGCCUAUGUUUCACCCUAAAAUUGUAAAUACCAAUUACCAUUAGUUUGUAAUCUAUCUUGCGAGAUUGCGAACUGUCGAAAGAUUGUAAACCUCAACGUACUGCUUACAAUUUUACGUAUUAUUAUUCGGAAGAUUGCAAUCUAUCAAAGUGAAACCGAGAAUCUUUCGACAGUUGACAACCUCGCGAGAUAGAUUACAAUCUAACGGCAUCUACAAUUUUACGGUGACAUAUGCAAGACUCUUAUAGUAUUAUCGGUGUCUAUCUCUGUCAAAAAUUAUCUAGUGGGUUCUAGUUUUUGACAGUUUUAGCGUUUGUCAAAUUUUCAUAUCAAAACGCGCCAAAUUUAUAACUAUAGAGCCCAAGCUUAACUUCAUAUCUAAGUAUAUGAAUUACUCAUAGUGAGAGCAUGAACGACGUUUUAGUACCUUGUAUCUGUUUAAGUCCGUAUGUACCAGUGAAAUAUAUGUAAACUAUUAUCUGUCAUUUAGAUCUGAUAUAAGUUAAUUUAUUGACAAACAUUUUCCAUAGGUUUAGUUUUAUGUUACUUAAACAAUAUCCAACAUGAUUAUUAUUAUACAUGAUGAUUUGACAUUUGUAAAAAAAAGUCAUUAUUAAUGUCUGUCAUAUAUGGGACUUGGGAAAAUUUUCUCAUCUUUAAUAAUCUAUGUAAUUUGAAAAAAUAGGCCUUGUUAGAUGAAAACAGGCUUGCAUUUUGAAUAACUCGCAUAUGAGAUUUAAUGUAUGGUUGUAAUAAUUUAUUUUGACAUUAAUUAAUAUAAUACGUAAGUACUUCUGAUUUCUUGGACUAACUGCCAAAUUUAUUUCAAUAUAAAAAGGAGGCAUUUUUGAAUUCAUAAUUUAUAAUAUAUUUACGCGAAUAGGUAAAUCAUCACAAUUAUACCCAACUUAUUGAAGUUGUCAAAGAUAUUAUAAUUUAAAACUAUUCAAUAUCCAGACUACGUGUACUUAAAUUAAAAAAUAAUAAUGAGGUGAAAACUUUUACGUUUUUAAAAGUAACAACUUUUCAGUCGAAUAACAAAGCGAUUCCCUUUUUAAACAAUUUUGUUAUAUAUUAUGGUAUGGCAUAAUGAUAAUGCAAUAAUGUUUAAUGUGUCUUUAGUUUUUCUAAAACUAAAUUAGUCUGAGUCUCUAGUAUUCUGAAAGUCGCAUUAUAAUUUUACUUCAUAUCUUCAGAAUGAAAUUUGAAAAGAUUAAAGCUUACAUUGAAACUA